AUGGGUCUUCUUCCUUCUUUGAUGAAUGUAACAGUGCCACUGUUCAAGGAGAUGAUGGUUUCUAGAAAUUUUUUGGCUUCAGAAAAUCGACGGUCGGUGGCUUGCAUCAUCUCAGAUGGGGUCUUCAGCUUUGCGAUCGAUUUUGCAAUAGAGAAGGGGAUUUCAAUCGUUUACUUUCGAACCAUCAGUGCUUGUUCGUUCUGGGCCUAUUUCCGAAUUCAUGAACUCAUUGAAGCUGAUGAAUUACCCGUCAAAGGAAAAGGAAUGGAUCUACUGGUGAAGAGGCUGCCAGGAACGGAAGGUUUUCUCCGGCGCCGUGAUCUUCCCGGAUUUUGCCGUGUCGACUACAUCGAUGAACCGAAACUUCAGGGGAUUAAGUUCGAGACCAGACAAACCGCUCGUGCUCACGCUGCCAUACUCAACACCUUUGAAGAUCUCGAAGGACCUAUUCUCUCUCACAUACGUACUCAGAUUCCAAAUCUCUACUCCAUCGGACCUCUACAUUCUCUCCUGAAAUCCAGACUCGAAACCACAACCAAGGAGUUCUCUGAAUCUUCGGGUAGUUUAUGGGAAGAAGAUCGGAGCUGUUUGACUUGGCUAGAUUCACAACCCCCCAAAUCUGUGAUCUACGUGAGCUUUGGAAGUAUUACGAUCGUAACUAGAGACCAGCUAUUAGAAUUCUGGUACGGUCUAGUGAAUAGUGGACAGAGGUUUUUGUGGGUCAUGAGGCCGGACUCUAUCACCGGAAACGAUGGCGAGUCGCAGAUUCCGACGGAGCUUGAGGAGGCCACAAAGGCAAGAGGGUACACGGUGGAUUGGGCACCACAAGAAGAGGUGCUGAAUCACCCAGCCAUUGGAGGGUUUGUGACUCACAGUGGGUGGAACUCAACUCUUGAGAGCAUAGUGGCCGGAGUUCCGAUGAUCUGCUGGCCGUACUUCGCAGAUCAGACGACUAACAGCAGGUUUGUGAGUGAGGUUUGGGAGAUUGGAUUGGACAUGAAAGAUACUUGUGAUAGAGUUGUAAUUGAGAAAAUGGUUAGAGAGGUUAUGGAUGUGAAGAAGGAAGAGUUCUUGGAAAGAGCAGAUCAAUUGGCGAAAUUGGCAAGAAAAAGUGUUAGCGAAGGUGGUUCAUCUUGCUGUAAUUUUGAGCGUUUUGUUGAGUACAUAAGUGGGUGGAACUCGACGUUGGAGAGUAUAGUCGCUGGAGUGCCGAUGACAUGCUGGUCGUACUAUGCUGACCAGCAGGUGAAUAGUAGGCUUGUGGGGGAGGUGUGGAAGAUUGGGAUGGACACGAAGGACACUUGUGAUAGGGUAAUGGUGGAGAAGAUGAUCGGAGAUUUGAUGGGGGUGACGAGAGAUGAGUUUUUCCGGUCGGCUAACCAGAGGGCUAAGUUGGCGAGAAGAUCUGUGGCUGAAGGUGGAUCGCCAUAUUGUAGCUUGGACCGUUGGAUUGAAGAUACAAAAUUGAUGACUCAUGAUAAGUGA